GACAAACCCUCGUCGUCGUCCCCUUCCACAUGCCAGCACCCAACGAACAUGGCGCACAACUACCCUCCAGACUAUGAACCCGCCCAGCUUCACGCGAUGCAGCCCAACAGGCGCCAAGAACCAUCCAAGGACUCGGAUCUGACGGAGAGCGCGUUCUGGUGGACCAAAGAUGACUGGACAACGGGCGAGGGUGGCGAGGACAGGACGGACUUUGUGCCUUUGGUGCCGAAUCGUGCGUCGAAUCGAAGAAACUCCUUUAUCAAAGUCACGAAACAGAAUCACAGAUUGUACAUCAUCGAAUACUACCUCUGCUUCACCCUCCACUUUGUCCUAGUCGCGAUGCACAUCGCCUUUCUCGCUGCUGGCGCUGUCGGCGCUGUCGACCACGUCAUCGUCGAGAGCGAGCACUACCAUCGCUACUCUACCGUCCUCGCCAUUGUACCACAAGCUAUCGCGACGCUCAUCGCAGCAGCUCUCGUAUACACCACCCAACGCCUCGCGACCCGCCGCGCGUUCAAGCAGCGCCAGACGCUCACCGCGCUGCACGACCAGAUGUCCGCCUGGGCCGGCCUAGGCUCCGCCGUUAUAUCGCUGUUCAACCAGUUCGACCUCGCAGCCGCCAUCCUGGGAACGGGCACCAUCGUUUCCUAUCUUACGCUCAUUGCCAUCAUACAUAUCACGACGCCGACGCUCAUCGGCCUGGAGCCGACUCAGAUCGCCGUGAACACCACGAUCGGCUCGACGCUGGGCACGCCAAAUCUCACCUCAUUUAUAUCGUGGGCAGAGCCCAACUCAGACAACCCGGACGAGCUCAUCAAGGUCAUCUCGCCCCUGAUCGCCGUCCUCGGUGGCGGUGGCGUGCACAGCGACAGUCUGGUGAUCACCGGGGUCGCCAAUGGGACGCUAUACGAUGUGGUCGAUAUAAACAACGCGACUCAGCCGAUUACCGUCAACGCGACGGCGUUCAAUGUGUCGUGCGGGUACAUGACGGACUUUACUGUUCAGGCGAGGGCGGCGACUGCUGCGGAUCUGCCGACGUUCAAUAUCUCGAAUCCGCAGGUGAAGUGGACGGGGCUGACGAUGGGUGACCUUGCCCCGAGCUCGCUCCGCGAAAUGUCAUCGACCGGUGCCCUGCUGAACACAUCAUCGCACCAGCUCGUCCGACCCUCUCCAUAUACCGUCCUCGUCAGCACCACCAACUUCACCGACUCCUCCGGCUCACCGGGGCCCGGCGUCGUCUCCCUCGGCGGGACAUACAUGUACCCAGACGCGACGCAGGACUGGCAGCGCGUGUGGGCGCUGCAGAUGAUCGGGUGCGCGCUUGAUGUGCAGCACGCGAUGGUCGAUGUUGAUCCUGCGACGCGCACGCUGGUGGACUCGGGUAGUGGUGCAGGUGGGAAUUGGGCGGCGCAGAUGCAGAAGAACAGCUCGGUGUGGAGGGAGUGGGUGCCGCCUGGGGCGAGGAAUGGGAGUAGCGAGGUGGAUCAGGCUAUGCUGGAUUUGUGGUCGUUUGUAUUUCAGGCGGCGUCGUUGACGGCGUACGAUGCGGGCGUGGCGUGUUGCACGCCUGCGGGGUAUCCGAGUCCGACGGCCAGCAAUCAGACGGCGAAGUUGAACGUGGUUGAGCAAUACCUCGCGCUGAACCUGGGCCUGUACCCGGUGACGGACGGCAAGCGCGACGUGUCCCCGGGCAUGUAUCCGCCGCCGCCUGCGCUCACGCUGCAUGAGCUGGAGAAUGCGAUGGCGGGUGUGACGGCUGCUGCUUUUUAUUCUGCACUGCACUCGCAGCCAAACGCGCUGGACGACACGAUUAUGCUCCCGAGCCAGUCAGCCUCCAUUGGCGCGGUGAUGAGCGGGGUGAGCGAGAUGACGUAUAUGACUGCUGCGUCGCGGUUGCACCUCAACAUCCCAAACAUCGGCAUCGGCCUCGCCGCCUCGACGCUCCUCCUCGCGCUCGCGAUCACGCUCGUGCGCAACCCGGACGGACCGGAGCCGCUCGUGGCUGGCGCGGGCAUUCUGCAGACGAUAUGGCUGUCUCAAGGGAAUCCGGCGUUUCGGGAGCGCGUCGCGCGGGUGGAGGAGCCGACGCUGGAGCAGCUGCGCGGGGCGGGGAUGGAUGUGGUUCGGUUUGGGAGGGUGGGUGGUGAGGGGGAGGGGUGGGUGGGGCGGUAGGUGGGGAUGAGGGAGGUGGUG